AUGACACAACCAAGCACAGCCUGUUGCAAAGGUACUCCAGUUCCUCUGCAUGGACCGGAAUACAAGCUCACUGACGUGAGUGGACCUGAGAAUGCUACAUCUGCUAUUCUUCUGGUUUACGAUGUCUUUGGUUUUUGGACACAAACGCUUCUUGGUGCUGAUAUUCUCGCUGCCACGAAAACUUCAUCAUCCCCUAGUGGUAUAAAAGUAUUCGUGCCUGAUUUCUUUGGGCCCGGCAAUGAAGCUGAUAUUGCUUAUUGGCCUGCGGAUACAGAUGAGAAGUGGGAUUAUAUCUUGAAAGUAUUCAGGGAGCAAGCUGAAAAAGAGAAAAAUAUGAAAAAGCUAGAAGAGUUCAUGAAUGUUUUGAAAAAGAGAGAUGAGGUAAGGAAUGUGGAAAGUUGGGGGGUUGCGGGAUAUUGCUGGGGCGCAAAGAUAGUGACAUUAGCUUCGCGAGAAGGGACUAUCUUCAAGGCAGGAGCUCAAACACAUCCAUCAUUGGUAGACCCUGAGGAUGCCAAAUUGGUAACAAUUCCACAAAUUGUUUUACUUAGUAAGGAUGAGGAUAAAGAGCAAUGCAAAGCAUAUGAAAACAAUAUGAAGGUCGACAAGUACUUUGAAGCUUUCGAUGAUCAAGUGCAUGGUUGGAUGUCUUCAAAGGGAGACUUGGAGAAUCUAAGGACUCGUGAAGAGUACUAUCGUGGAUAUAAGUUAUGGAGUGACUUCUUUGCCAAUUAUCUAUGA